ACCGUCAUAAACCACUUUUUUCUGUCAAAUUUCCGAAAUUCAGAUUUUUAUACAUUUUGAAAGCCUGUCCUCCACUCUAUCGACUGGCGAAAUUUGAGACCAUAAUUCGGUUUAUUUUAAGAAUAAGAGCAAAUUCAAAUUUCACCGAAAACGUCCUAUCGCCUCGAGUAAUUUUACGAAGUGACCUAAACCUUCGUGACUGUUCGUAAAAUCACAGUUGGCGCGCUAUGUUUUGUUACGAUCCGUCCUAUCCAGUGUAAACAAGACCACGGACUCAUCGAACUUUACUUACAAGGGAAAUCACACUAUUUUCAGGAGCUGAUCGCCGUGGAACAAAUCCUUGCAUGGAUGAGAUUGAUGUGGUGGUCCAGUGGGACCGCGACAAGUCCAAAAACACAGUGGCCUUGAACGACCUGGUGCUGAGGAAGAAUGCUUCCCUGAAAAUUGGAGCUACUGUAAAGAUGAAAUGGAGAAAGGGGUGGUGGAAAGGGAGGGUGGAGCAGAUCAUCUCUAACCGUGAAGAGGAGCCGAUGGACAUUGAGGGGGAAGGCAUGACCGAAGAAGAUGAUAGUGAGGAAGAUGAAGAGGAUGAUGAUGAAAAUGUACCAUUGGCAUCAUAUGUGAAACGCAUCUGCUCCAUUCCACAAAUCGAAGAAAUGGAAGUCUUCACAGAGUUAAGUGCAGGAGGUCAAGGCUAUGCAGUCCAACAAGAACAGCCUCGUACUGUAGUCCAGAGUCACCUUGCAGAAGAGCUAAUGGAUACUGAGGUGGAAGAGAUUACUGAAGAGGAAGAUAGUGAGGAUGAUGAUGAAAAUGUACCAUUGGCAUCAUAUCGAAGGGUAACACUGAUCGAAGGCGGAGAAGGCUGUGCCGUCCAGCCAGACCAUCCCUUUACAGUAGUCCAGAGUCACCUGGAAAAGAACUCCCUCCUUGAAGAAUGUCCCAGGCUCCCCCCAAAAUCUGCAACAGUGCAGGAACAAGGAAGGGUAACACUGAUCGAAGGCGGAGAAGGCUGUGCCGUCCAGCCAGACCAUCCCUUUACAGUAGUCCAGAGUCACCUGGAAAAGAACUCCCUCCUUGAAGAAUGUCCCAGGCUCCCCCCAAAAUCUGCAACAGUGCAGGAACAAGGAAGGGUAACACUGAUCGAAGGCGGAGAAGGCUGUGCCGUCCAGCCAGACCAUCCCUUUACAGUAGUCCAGAGUCACCUGGAAAAGAACUCCCUCCUUGAAGAAUGUCCCAGGCUCCCCCCAAAAUCUGCAACAGUGCAGGAACAAGGAAGGGUAACACUGAUCGAAGGCGGAGAAGGCUGUGCCGUCCAGCCAGACCAUCCCUUUACAGUAGUCCAGAGUCACCUGGAAAAGAACUCCCUCCUUGAAGAAUGUCCCAGGCUCCCCCCAAAAUCUGCAACAGUGCAGGAACAAGGAAGGGUAACACUGAUCGAACGCGGAGAAGGCUGUGCCGUCCAGCCAGACCAUCCCUUUACAGUAGUCCAGAGUCACCUGGAAAAGAACUCCCUCCUUGAAGAAUGUCCCAGGCUCCCCUCAAAAUCUGCAACAGUGCAGGAACAAGGUAAUUAA